AUGAUAAACUACGAUGACCUCCGCGAUGUGCUAAACACCGAUCUUCGCACGCCAAUUCCUGCAUCGACUAUCUCCAAGCUCAUUUCUUUGCCUCCAUUCAUCACUAUUCCUGGAGUAUCCAACUUCCCCGCCUUGAGCUAUGACAACAACAUUCGCCCAGGCUACGUCUACCGGUCUGGGAACUUGUCGGGUAUUACGCAAGAGGGGAAGGGGAUCAUUGCGGCCGAUCUGGGCAUUACUACGGUAUUCGACCUCCGAAAUGAGGGUGAGAGGGUGAAGGCUCCGAGCCCACAGAUUGAAGGAGUGGACACAAUAUGGAUGCCGUACAGCACUAGUCCUGCAUCGUUGAGCCUGCUUGACUUUGCUGGAGAGGAUCAAGGUGUGAACGGGUUUGUCAAGAUGUACACAGGGAUUCUGGAGGCAUCUGCCUCGGCCUUCGCUCAAGUGUUUAGCCAUAUCAAGGAUCAGCCGAACGAUCCAUUUAUCUUCCAUUGUUCCGCUGGCAAGGACCGGACUGGGGUCUUAGCGGCACUCAUUUUCCUUCUGAUGGGCCGGUCCCGCGACGACAUUAUCAAUGACUAUAUCCUCACACGAGUCGGGUUGGAAAAUAUGCGAGAGAAUUUGACCCAGGCCCUCGCGCUUGAUGCUGGCACCGACAAUCUCAGCCCUGAAGCGAUCGGCAUGUUGGAGCUGAGCGGCGUCCGGGCGCACGCCAUGGCGGCCUUUUUAAAGACCUUUGAAGACACAUACGACGGUGGCGUCAAGGGAUAUCUGACCACAAAGCUUGGCUUUUCCCAUGAAGAAGUCAAGCUCAUGCACAAUAAUUUGCUGGCUUGA